AUGACGAAAGUGUACGUGGAGCUGUGUUCGCUGGCAUGUUUAAUUCUGACUGUAGGCUCGACUUGGGGUGAAAACAUAGAAUUCACAUUUCUGUUACCUGCUGGCAGCACAGAGUGUUUUUACCAAACCGCUGCAAGGAACGACAGCAUGGAAGUUGAAUAUCAGGUCCUGGCUGGGUCGGGUCUGGAUGUCGGCUUUGCCCUCAUCUCACCCAGCGGAUACCGGCUGGUCUCUGACUUCAGGAGAUCUGAUGGCAUUCACACGGUGGAUCCCACUGAAGGUGGAGACUACGGGUUGUGUUUCGACAACAGCUUCAGCAAACUGUCAGAGAAGAUGGUGUUCUUUGAGGUGAUCAUUAAUAGCCAGAACAGCGCAGGUGGAGGCCGAGAUGAUUGGGCGGACGUGGCUGUGGAGGAGAGCAUGGUGGAGUACAAACUGGAGGACAUCAGGGCCACGAUGGACUCUGUGUACCAGCACCUGGAGAGGAGCCGCCAGGUCCAGACUGUGCUGCGGGCCUUUGAGACGAGGGACCGCUACCUUCUGGAGGACAACCUGUGGCGGGUGUCCUUCUGGUCCUGCCUCAACCUGCUUGUCAUGCUCGCCGUCGCAUCCGCUCAAAUCUACACCCUGCGACGGCUCUUUGAUGACACCAAGCGGGUCCACACGUAG